AAAGUUAAGGAACAUAAUAGUCUCGUGACGUUUAUCGUCCUGAGGAAGAAAAAGUCUCGCAAAGACUAAUCCCUAAAUCGUGAGAGGAGUGAGAGACUGAGACUUUGUAGUUGACCGGAUCAUUCUUCAUCCUCCUCCACAUCAGUUCGCCGUCCGACGAUCCAUCGCCGUCAGUAUCUGUCUCUCCGGACUGCGAUCUCUCUAUCGUUGUCUUCACCGUGACGAAAUGGCUACUCGUAUCUGGAUAUUCGCCGUCGUUGUAGCUGUAUUCCUAUCUCUUUCUGCAUUUUCAUCAGCUCAGGAUCUCCAGAUCGUAAAUGCCGAGCGAAGGAUUGAUUUAAGUUCACAUAUCGUGAAGGCCUUCUUGACUAUUAAGGUCGAAAAUAUUGGGAAAGAUCCUGCUGCAGAAAUGCUUCUUGCUUUCCCACCUGCCCAGAUCAAGAAUUUAGCUAUGGUCCAAGCCCUGGCAAUUACGGGCAAGAAGAAGAAAAAAACCUAUUUGCCUCUAGAUGUGAAACCAAGUGAACAAACUGAUGCACCGAAUGACACUGGAUACUUCAGUAUUUCAUUUGCUACCCCCUUAGGCCCUGGUGAAACUGUUACACUCGAGGUGCUAUACAUAUUGACUCAUUCCUUAGAACCUUUCCCAUCGGAGAUAACCCAGUCAGAAUCUCAGUUGGUUUACUACCAUGACAGUGCAGUGAUACUCUCACCAUAUCAUAUUAAGCAACAGACGAGUUUUUUCAAGACUCCUAGUACUAGAGUAGAGUCGUUCACUAGUAUCGAACCUGCUAACCGUGCUGGGAAAGAGAUAAAAUAUGGACCGUAUGAGGAUCGUACUCCAUACUCUUACACACCUGUUAUUGUUCACUUUGAGAAUAACAGUCCGUUUGCUGUUGUUGAGGAACUCGUGCGUGAAAUUGAGAUUUCACACUGGGGUAGUCUUCAGAUAACUGAGAAUUACGUGUUGACUCAUGGGGGAGCUCGGCAUAAGGGUGUUUUCUCAAGGGUGGAUUAUCAAUCUAGACGUUCCAUGAGUGGUUCAUCGUCUUUCAAUGCUCUCCUUGCAGUACUGCCUCCCAGAGUUAACUCUGUCUACUACAGGGAUGACAUCGGAAACAUCUCAACUUCACAUUUGCGUACAGGCUUUAAAAAGGUCGUGCUUCCUGAAGGAUCAAAGGACCCUUCUGCUGUUUUGCCCUUUACUGUGAACCAAGACUUGCAGGUCAAAUACUCAUACCUUGACAUCGUGGGAAGAACCGUGGUUGUGUUGCAAAAGGAUAAUGUAGUUCCCACUCACAACGUACCCUUCCAGGUGUACUACACGUUCAAACCAAUAUACAUGCUUGCGGAACCAUUCAUGCUUGUAUCGGCUUUCUUCUUCGUCUUUGUGGCUUCUCUUGCGUAUGUACACAUCGAUCUCAAUAUCGCCAAGAAGUAGAAAUCUCACAGGAAGAAUCCUUCACUUUCAUUUAUAGACUCCUAAAAGAUAUAGACCUCUUAUCAUUUACUCUAAAUUUUUGUAGUUGCGGUUACCUUUUCGUAGUUUGUAUCUUUGGCACUCUUUGUUUCUAAUGAACUUUUUGUGAUAAGAAAAGAAAACACUUAAAAUAGUUAGCCUCCAUUGGUAAUUAGCUGGUUUCAAAAAUGUUGAAGUAGACUUCAAACAACAAGCUCUUUAAUUACAGAAUA